ACUCAACACUCCACAUUAAUCCACAACACACUAUGGAUGUUUGGUCAUGGAUAUGUGAGCUCCCCAACUCGGUGGAGGGGACCGAGUCCCACUCGCCACCCAUGAAGUUCGAACUCGCGAGUGAGAAGAACGACGACAAGCUGGACAACUCAACUCGUUCCAUUCACCUGAAAGCUGAGCGAACCUCCGGCUCAGACUCGGAAGCUGCGGUGAUCUUCACCGUAUGCUUGCAAGGCUUUCACCCACACAACGCUCACAAGCCUCUAUGGGUCUCCGAAAAGUGCCACCUCUCAUCAGAAAAGCCGUUCCUCCCUCUCCUCCUCCAACUCCUCCAGGAAAUCAUAUCCCACUCCCCCACGGCGCACGAUAGCACCUGCCCCCGUUCCCAGCUCCAGAAACUAAAACCCGACCCCAUCGCAUGGAUCAUGGACUCGCACACACCCGAGUCCCUCUCCACCUUCUUCAACCUCGUCUUCACCAUGCGCCUCUUCUGGCUCUGCGCCUUCCACGCUCCCCCCGAAGCCGGCUCCCUCUACUUCCACUCCCUCCUCGCCCCCGUUCUCCAAACGGCGUCGUCCAAACUGGCAUCCUCCGUCCUCCGAACUUUCUUCAUCACCGUCGGCGUCGACACCGAACUCUGCUUCAUGCGCACCCUCGGUUACAUCAUUACAAAACUUCACUUGAUCAAAGAACUCGACGUUGGAUUAUUAGGCUUAAAAACGCUUUUGCCUUCUCCAAAAUUCUCUUACGCCAACGAGGCUCACGGUCUUUGGAUUCUCAAAGGUUACGCGCCAGUCAUGACCAUGAAACUGGCGCGAACCAACACAGUUCAAAAAACUCAAUUCUCUGGCAUCGAUGCCAAGGAGUCGAUUCUCCGUUACUCACUCGCGCACCACCAACUUGAGGCACACGUGCAGCUAGACUACACCGUUGGGUUUUACGAUGGUUUCAUUCAGGUUCGUGCACGUGUCGAUAAUAUACGCCUCCACCUCGCGAGGUUAGGUUUCAGCCAAAACGACGACGUGGAUGAUUUCGUUGAGGAGAAGCACUUUCCGUCACGGGUUCGGGUUUGGGUGGGCCCGGAGAUAGGAUCCACUUAUUGCGCUGGGCUGAGCUUGGGCCGGUCCACUGAGAACAAAGAGUGCGAAGUGGAAACAAAGAGGAUUGUGGAGGGCAAUUUCGAGAAGUCGCAGGGUUCUAACGUGAAAGCGUUAGCCAAGUCGUCGAGGAGGACGCGGAGUAGGAGUUGGAGAAUGGACCAAGACGCGGAAGGGAACGCGGCGAUAUUCGACGUCGUUUUGCAUGAUAACACUACGGGCCAGGAAGUGGGCUCGUGGAGGCCCAAGGGUGAUGACCCGGCUCAUGGGCUGAGAGGGCGCUAUGUGAGGGCAAAUAGAGCGUUUAAUAAAAGCGGAUCGGUGGUUAUUGCUGGGGAUGAAUAUGGGGAGGAAGUAGGGUGGAGGCUUAGCAAAGAGAUGGAAGGGAGUGUGUUGAAGUGGAGAAUAGGGGGAGAGUUUUGGGUUAGCUAUUUGCCCAACCAAGCAAAGGGUUCUUAUUUUGAAACUAGGUACAUCGAGUGGUGUGAUGAAGUUGACUUGCCUCUUAUUCAUGGAAAAACAACCUAAGCAACCAUGCAAUCAUAUCAUACUUUAAACCCUUCUCACCUAAUUAUAACCACCAAAAGAGGACGCACAAGUUUGUGUAAAAAUGCAUCUAGUACUAAACUUAGCCACUAGCUAGUAAGGUUAGUAUAUAUAUAUAUAUGGCACUGCAGUUUAAGUGCUAUAUAUCAAUAUAUGUACAAUAGCCAUUACUAAGCAAAUGCUUUAUCUGUAGUGUCUGGUUUCAUAUACAAUUCCUAAGUUAUAAAAUGUCAAAUAAAUGAAUAAAGCAAUAAUAUAUAACUCUUGUUUAAACUUUUAA